AUGCGGAAUAGACAUUUGCAUUGGCGCUUAGCUGCACUUAUGAUCACAUCCUUGCUAUUGGCAGCAGUGGCAGAGGGAAUCGACGAAGAAGUGCACGAGCGUCUAAUAAGCAGCACAAGAGAAGACGAAGCAGACACAACCACGAGAGUAGACGCUUUAGAUGCAGAACCAAAAUAUGAUUUCAAAACACUUGAAUUCACGCAAAUACUGGGCAAUCUCGAUUCCGCCAACCGCAGCCACCUCAAGACGUCCAAUUUCAGCAGCGCAGAUGGCAAAGGUCGGCAUCCCUGCGAACGCCGUUGUCAGAGUAAUCAACCGCUAACUUGCCAUUACCACUUGGUCGUGCAUCAUUACCAGGCGUCGAGCGCGGCAUGUGGGCGUUGCUUAGGUAACGACGCGAGCUGUUCGAAGCAGCAAUGCAUUUACGCCGAUGGAGUGUACACACCCAUAAUAGCCAUCAAUCAAAUGUUGCCCGGACCUCCCAUCGAGGUCUGUGUGAACGACAAUAUUGUGGUGGAUGUCAUCAACUACUUGGCGGAGCCGAUCAGCAUACACUGGCACGGACUGUCAAUGUUCGACACGCCGGAAAUGGAUGGCGCACCGUUUGUUUCGCAGUACCCCAUACAACCAGCUGAAGGCUAUCGUUACCAGUUCCCUGCAGAACGUGCGGGUAGCGUUUGGUAUCAUAGCCAUGUUGGAUUGCAGCGCAGUUUGGGUGUCGGAGGCAGUUUUGUUAUUCGCCAGCCCGCGCAAAGUGAUCCGCAAGCGUAUUUGUACGAUUACGACUUACCAGAGCACACACUCUUGAUACAGGACUACAUUUAUGGCAAUGAUUUGAAUCGUGUGCGAAAUUUGCUCAUUAACGGCAAAGGCAGAAAUCACGUGUCAAAUCUCUCCGACCGCGAUCCACGUCAUCGCUACGAACGCUUACAGAUAGCAAAUGGUAAACGCUAUCGUUUUCGUGUUAUCUACAAUGGAGUCCACAACUGUCCCAUUGAGUUUUCGGUGGAGAAUCACAGAAUGCUUAUGAUUAGUACAGACGGAAAUGAUAUCGUGCCUGUGCUGGCUGAUAGCUUUUUCAUGGCUGCCGGUGAGCGAUUCGACUUUGUUCUGCAGGCGAAUCAGCAGGCGCGUAGCUACUGGAUUAGAGUACGCGGAUUUGAGAAUUGUGCCGAAGAGAACAUUUACCAGGGAGCGAUUUUGACUUAUCAGAGUGCCACGAAUCGGGCACUUCCACUGGAGCCAAUGACCAAAACCUCUCAUUGCGCUAGCGACAGCGAAGAGUACUUCGUUGUUGGCGACUAUGAACAUCUGUCGAAAAAGACCGUGUCAUUGGAGAAGAGUGGCUGUUCAAGAGCCGAUUUUAAAGCUACCAAUGUAGCUACAGUCGGCUUGAGCGCGCUGGAGAAAGUGCCAUGGACAAGUGAUACUGAAUUUCUCACGUAUUAUUCGAUAUUUGGCUCCCGCACAGCUUCCCCCGCUACGGCUGUGAACUAUCAAAUCGAUGACAUCACCUUUAAGAUGCCGCAAAUUUCGCUGCUGCAAACCAACGGCCUCUACAACGAAAACGGUGUGUUUUGCAAUCGUUCACUGCUGGCAGCAAAGGGGCAAAAUUGUGUAACGAAAAAUUGUCUGUGCACAAAUGUGGUACGGCUGCCAGCUUAUCGUGCGAUCGAAAUUGUUUUGGCCAACAAUAACAAUGAGCCGCACCCAGUGCACUUGCAUGGCUACAUAUUCCGUGUGGUCGGUCAAAAUGUUUUGGGCAGUGUAGUGGACGCGAAACAGAUAAAGGAUCUCGACAGACGUGGCCUGCUACAGCGCUCCACUGAUGAUUUUCCCAUACAAAAGGACACUGUGCAGGUACCGCCGCUAGGCUAUGCAAUAAUUCGUUUUUACACCAGCAAUCCGGGCUAUUGGAUGUACCACAGCUCCUUGGAUACUCAGGCAGCAAGUGGUAUGGUGGGUGUCCUUAAGGUUGGGGAAGACCAUCAGAUAAAAGAGGUGCCUCUUCGUUUACGCUGCUGA